AUGCUUAUGUCUGAUGAACAGUACUACCGGUGUCAUGUCGACUUGGAUCUGUCAAGGGUGUCCUGCGUGAGGUCUGGGGGACGCCUAGGACCUCGUUUAUUGCAGCUCUCUGCACUAAAGGGGACGUCCCACCCAAAACAGCGAAGAAGGCAAAGGCUUCAAGGUGUCCUGCGUGAGGUCUGGGGGACGCCUAGGACCUCGUUUAUUGCAGCUCUCUGCACUAAAGGGGACGUCCCACCCAAAACAGCGAAGAAGGCAAAGGCUUCAACCGAUGAGAGAGCCUCUCUUCUAGCCUACAAGCCUGCAGUUGCCUUCCCUUCUAAGCUGUCUGCCACAGGAUUUCUUCCCAAAGAUGUAGCUUUAGGUGAGUCUGAAGCCGUGGAGGCUGUUUCCACAGCCGCUGCAAGUGAGACGACAGCUGGAGGUCCAGUUGUUGAUACAGCAGCAGCUGAAGAGGCAAAGAUCACUGAAGUCCCACCUACUAAUGAAGUCACUACAAAAAACGAAGGAAGUAAGCCCUCAGAUGUUGAGUCAGAAGCACAGAAAGAUCAAGACGACAGCUCUUCUUCAUCCUCAUCCUCAUCGUCCAGUGAUUCUGAUUCAGAUUCUGACUCUGAUGAUGAGAAGCCAAAGACACCAGAAACACUACAGUCUGGAGAGAAAGCAGCAGAGGAGAAGAAAGCUCCUGCUCUGACGACUGAACAAGUAGAUAAGAAAGCAAAGCCUGAAUCUGCCUCAUAUGGACAAGCUCAAGAAAGUGCAAAACCAGAAGAGAUUCCUGCACCAAGUGCUAAAUCAAAUGGAUCAGAUGAGACCCUGAUUGAUCCUGCCCCUAUAGUAUCAUCCUCCACAACUGAAUCCAAUCUAGAGAUGAUCAGUGAAUGCAUUAAGUCUGACACUGCUGACAAGACACUAGGCACUGCAACAGAAGUUAAAACAGCUCUCGUGGAGGAGAUUGCUGUUGAAAAAGAACCAGAAAUCAAAGCUGAAGAUGCUGUCAAAGUUGCUCCAGAAGUUGCUCCAGAAGUUGCUCCAGAAGUUGCUCCAGAAGUUGCUCCAGAAGUUGCUCCAGAAGUUGCUCCAGAAGUUGCUCCAGAAGUUGCUCCAGACGUUGCUCCAGACGUUGCUCCAGACGUUGCUCCAGACGUUGCUCCAGACGUUGCUCCAGAAGUCCCUACAGAAGCCUGUCCUGAAGAAAUAGUCGAACCCCCUGUUGAAGCUAGUCCUGGAGUAGCUCCCGAGGCUUCUGGAGAUGUUGCAGCUGAACCUGAAGAUGCGUUAUCCAGAGCUGAGGCUUCAGAAGAGCUGCUAGACCCUGCCCCUGUGUCUGCUGAUGCUGUGGAGGCUCGGGCUGAGACGGACGGUGUGGAGACACCUGAGGAACAAGCCCCAGAGAAAGCCCCGGAGCCGGAGCCCUUUGACAACACCACAUACAAGAACCUGCAGCACCACAACUACAACAUGUACACCUUCGCUGAUAUGGAUCUAGAGAUGUCUAAAUACCGUCUGCCCCAGCCGUCCUCAGGCAGACGCUGAGCCUGUGUUAUUGCUACCUUUGUCCACAACCCUGCUUUUUCCACAUGUUCAUUGUUCCUUGGAUGAUUUAAGCUUUAUGCUACAAUUAUGGGAUUAAAAUGAUCUAACCUCA